UUACUAUAUUUUUUUCCCGAAAAAGUUUUUCUCGCCGUUUUCCUGGCACGAAAUUCACUUAUGGAAAAUACACUCAACUAUUUCACUAGUUCCUCUUUACUUUAUGCUUCUUCUUUUUCUCAGCACAUAAAUGAUUUUUUUGGUACUAGGUAAAAUAGUACUAUUUGGCGUAAAGUAAAGAUCGUAAAUCUAUAAGUUAUUUUUUUGACGCUGAAAGGAAACCAAAUAUAUGUUAGAAAUUCUAAUUUGAUUUCCUAACGUGUAUGCCCUUGAUUAGGAAGGAAGAAAACUCGUAAUAAAUCCAAAAGUUAUCAAAUUUCUUUUCAAAUUUACUGUCACGCUAAUACAUUCCUUCGAUUGUAAUAACAAUAUUUCGAUAACAUUUGCGAUCAUGGUUUAUCGUUGCGCCAUUGGUAAAUAACCGCGCGCCAACAUCCAUCUGCUUCUCCUACUUGGCACAUUUUGUCCUGUUGGUCCUGACUGCAAUUUAAAGCAGAAUAUCAUGGGAAUUUUGGGCUUAGCCAAGUUAAUUGCAGAUAUUGCACCAUCUGCUAUUAAAGAGAAUGAAAUUAAAAACUAUUUCGGACGCAAAGUGGCUAUUGAUGCAUCGAUGUGCCUGUAUCAAUUUCUGAUCGCCGUACGCUCUGAUGGCGCACAAUUGACAACUGUCGAUGGCGAACCUACAUCGCAUCUGAUGGGUAUGUUCUAUAGAACCAUACGCAUGCUGGAGCAUGGUAUAAAGCCCGUGUAUGUGUUCGAUGGUAAGCCACCAGAUUUAAAAUCGGGUGAAUUAGCGAAACGUGCAGAACGCCGGGAAGAAGCACAAAAGGCUUUGGAAAAGGCCGAAGAAGCGGGCAAUGCUGAGGAAGUGGAAAAAUUCAAUCGCCGGUUAGUGCGAGUAACCAAAGAGCAUGCGCGUGAAGCGCAGGAAUUGCUUAAAUUGAUGGGAGUACCUUAUGUAGAGGCACCAUGUGAAGCGGAAGCGCAAUGUGCGGCGUUGGUGAAAGCAGGCAAAGUUUAUGCUACAGCUACAGAGGAUAUGGAUGCACUUACUUUUGGUUCCAGUGUACUCCUGCGUCAUUUGACAUUCAGUGAGGCGCGGAAGAUGCCGGUAAAAGAGUUUAUCUAUGAAAAAGUGCUUCAAGGAUUCGAAUUGACAAGCAGUGAGUUUAUAGAUCUUUGCAUACUGCUGGGCUGUGAUUACUGUGAAGGUAUCAAAGGUAUUGGACCGAAGCGCGCCAUUGAGUUGAUAAAUACUUAUCGCGAUAUUGAGACAAUACUCAAGAACAUUGACCAAAAGAAGUACACAGUAGCGGAAGAUUGGAACUAUCAAGUUGCGCGUGAAUUGUUCGUAAAACCCGAUGUAACGGAUCCGUCGACUAUUGAGCUUAAGUGGACUGAACCCGAUGAAGAAGGUUUGGUAAAGUUUCUAUGUGGCGAUCGGCAAUUCAAUGAAGAUCGGGUACGUUCUGGCGCCAAGAAAAUACAAAAAUCUAAAAAUACUCAGACACAAGGACGACUAGACAACUUUUUUAAGGCACUACCGUCUACAAGUAACAAUAAGCCCACACCUAAGCGAAAGGCCGAAGAUGAUAAAAAGGCUGCCAAUAAGAAGGUUAAAGCUGGCGGCGGUGGACGUGGCAGACGCCCCAAGUAAUGAAGUUUCAUUCGAGAAAUUAAUUCAUCGACUCGACGAACAUGUUUAGUAUUUAAGGGCAUUGGACUAAAUUUUUUUUGAGAAACUAUCGUCGCAGCCGCAUCUUUGAUAAAAUCCUAUGAUCAGAUAUAUUUCUGUUCAAUUUUGUUUUAUUUGUUUGACGCAAGUCUCCAUUCUUUUUUGUUGUUAAUCGUUGCAAAAAUACUUAGUUUUUGAAUCAGAACACAUUGCUCAAUGGUUUAAAAAAUUUUAUUUUGUCUGUUGGGAGAAUACUAUAAUACUUUACAAUUAAGUUUAAGUCUAGAUACUUCGCAUAAUCAUAGAAAAUAGCUUACAACUACACAUAAGUACUGCUAUAUACAUAACUAAGAUCUGUUCAAUUUUAUAAUAUGAUUGCGCAUAAUCGAA